AUGGCAGACUCCUGUGGACGAGUGACGGGUUACAUCGACCCAAACUUCCCUCGGCCAGACAGCGAUGACUCUGCAUGCAUCAUUAUCUUCGGGUACACGCCCUCCUUUGCACUGGGUGUGCUAGGUGUUGUUCUCUUCUUCAUUGCGCUGCUCCUGCACCUGUGGCUGCUGCUGCGCUAUCGAACAUGGUACUUCUGCACCGUGCUGAUCGGCACUGCCAUGGAAGUUGCGGGCUAUAUCUUCCGCAUUCUUGCGUCCAGAAUCAAUCCAUACUCGGUCGCAUACUUCGUUGGCCAGUACUUCUGCAUCGUUGUGGCUCCAGUCUUCUAUUCCGCAGCCAUCUACACUCUGAUCUCCGUCAUGAUCAAUCAUGUCGGACGGCAGUACUCGCCUCUGCCGCCCAAAGUCAUCCUCUGGAUCUUCAUAAUCUGCGACGUCAUCGCAACCAUAAUCCAGAUCGCAGGCGCUGCGCUCGUAGGAAGCGCCUAUUCAAACGGCAAGGAUCCGAACACACCCAACCACAUUCUGCUUGCCGGUCUGGCAUUCCAGGUGUUCACAUUCGGCCUUUUCAUUGUGCUAUUCGUUUGGUUCCUGACCAAAGCUCGGAAACAGCUCAACACCGCGCUGAAGAUUUUCGCUGCAGCCGUAUUCGUUGCCACGUUGGCGGUGUACUUGCGGACGUGUAUUCGGCUGGCAGAAACAGCAGAGGGCUUGUUGGAGUUCUUGUCGACCCAUGAAGUCAUCUUUGGCUGUCUGGAGUUUGCGCCAAUCAUUAUUGCGGUAUACGUCUUUGUGUAUUGGCACCCGGGGCGAUGGCUUGGCUCCAAGCGUGGUCAGGGCAAGGCGUUCAAGUCGCAGGCGAGUACUGGGAGCUGA